AUGCAUGAAUUACUGAUUUGCUUGAUUGAGCAGGCCCUGUACUUUGACAACUGCAACAACCUCCAUCUAAGUGGAACUCGCCAUCUCAACAGUGCUAGAAAUCACAUAUCCAUACAUGAUUCCACUAACACAAAAUUUUUCAAUGUCACUAUCACUGCACCUCAAGAUAGCCCUAACACUGAUGGAAUUGACAUUUCUCAAUCAAGCUACAUUCUAAUUCAAAACUCAAUCAUUGCAACUGGAGAUGAUUGUGUUGCCAUCAACAAUGGUACAUCAAACAUUAACAUUACUGGGGUAACAUGUGGACCAGGCCAUGGUAUAAGUGUAGGAAGCCUUGGAGCAAAAGGAUCUUAUGCAGUAGUGGAACAAGUACAUGUAUACAAUUGCACUUUCAAGGGAUCAGAUAAUGGAAUGAGAAUAAAGACAUGGCCGGGUGGAUUCGGGUAUGCUAGAAAGAUCUCAUUUGAACAUAUCAUACUUGAAGAUACCAAAAAUCCUAUAAUUAUUGACCAGAACUAUGUAGAUAAACUGGAUGAAGACAAUAAUAAUAAUCAGAGAUCAGCAGUGCAAAUUAGUGGGGUGACAUAUCGUUAUGUGAAGGGAACUUCUGAUAGUAAGACAGCAAUCAUUCUGAAUUGCAGAGGGAAAGUGGGGUGCACUGAUAUCAUCAUGGAUGCAAUUAACAUAACUUAUGCUUCUUCAGGAUCAGCUACACAAUCUUCCUGCAGCGAUGCCCAUGGAGAAGCUUUUUCUACUUCACCAUAUGUGUCUUGCUUGUCACAAUGACCCUUAGAUGUUUUUACUGGCUCUCGCAUUUGAUCAUUCCUAGAAUAACUUAGAA